CUUGUCCAUUCUUGCCAAAGCUUAGCUUUGUCGUCAUGGUCCUCUUGGCUGAGCCUUCGGGAGUCUUCAGCCCACUGCCAUCACCAUACUCUGCCGUUGCCACCGAAUGCCGACUGGGAGUCCCAACUGCCCACCGCGCCGCCGUCUACUUGUACCUGUGCUGCGAAAGCGACGUCAAGCCAACGUUUAUCGAGGCAUCGUAUACAGCUGCAAUGUCGCAAGUGUUCAAGUCUGGGGUCCCCACGACCUUGACUCGCCACGCGUCGUAUUUCGGUGGGCUCGUGCACUUGGCCCCGUACGACCUGACGCCAAUCCAAGUGCAAGGGUUCCAUCACGUGUGCAUCUUGUUUCAGCAUCUUGGCGGCGUCAGCUACUGUACCACCUGCACACCAUAUACCCAUCAACCAGAACUCCUACUGUACGUACUGUAGGCCCGUACCUCGUGCACUUGAUUCCGCUGCUUCUUUCCCAAACCUCGGAAGCUGCGACGUUCGUAGCAGUCUCGAACCUGCUCAAGCCACACCAACAGCCAGGCCCUCAUCACGCCUAUCGUAAGCUCCCCACCAGCGUCAUCGCGGACACCACCCUCGCUCGCUUUUUCAAGGAAAUUUUGCAAUGGCGGUACACCGAGGUGGCCACCGCGUUGACGACGUGCCAAGGCGACGACGACAGCUACUUUAUCCACCUGUUUCAUCGGUUCUUUGUGGGCUUCUUUCCCAUGCCUGUUGUGUACCGCGUCCUCGACAGCUAUUUAGCCGAUGGCCCCAAGGUGCUAUGUCGAGUGCUCUUGGCCGUGUUUAAGCUCACUAGGCAUGAAAUGGUCAAGUGCACGGCCACUGGCGAGGCAUGGUGGGCACAACUACAAGCAGUUGUAAACGGCCCAUCCUUUGACUUUGAUGCAAUGUUUACGGCGGCGUUUCGAAGUUGGUACGGGUACUUGUUUAAGAAAGCCAACCUCCAAACCAUGCACAAGGCGUUGGAAAAGCGGAAGUCGGUUCGGCUGCAGUCGGCCAAACACCAACACGCUCACGUCCACCACCACCUCCCCCUGCUCAUUUCCCCCAAGUCGUCGGGGGGGCGAUUGCUAGACCCCCAUCGGGACGCGGCUGUGACGUCGUGGCUGCCGCUCGGGCUACAGAUGAAGCACUUUCGUCUGUUGUACAAUGCUGAAGUCCACGGCCGGGGCCUCGACCGACUCUACAGCCACUGCGAACGGGGGGCGGCGUCCCCCGAGAUGCUUCUGCUCGUGGAGGAGCUCACCACCGGCAGUGUCGUGGGCGUGUUCGUGUCGCAUCAACUCGGAGUCCACCAGUCGUUCUUUGGAGACCACCGGUGCUUUCCGUUCGCCCUGGUGCCGACCCCCCAUGCAUUCAAGCAGCUGGUCACGUCCCCCGCGCAUCACCAUGCCAAGCCUGUGUUGCUCAAGUACAUGCUGUGCCUCCCCACGAUGAUGGCGUUUGGCGUGAGCAGCACGUCAAGCGCGGCGGCGCUGGAGCUAGACGAAGACCUCAUGCGCGGAAAGAGCGACGAAAGCGAUUUAUUUCAGAGCCCCCCGCUGGUCGGCGGCGGCGUCGUCGAGUUUGACGUUGGCGGCGUCGAAGUGUACGACUUUACCUUGGAAUAGAGAGAGUCGGACCAGAAUUGUGUUGGCAGAAGGAACCGUACGUAGGAUGUAGCACCCGCCACUUCGUCUCGACAGUCAUUUGAAUAACGUAGUAGUAGUUCUGAGGAAUGCAAUGUCUACAUCAUGG